AUGGUUCCCGGCAGACUCCACCUGGUAAUACUGGUUUUGGGCUCCGUUUUAAUCGGGUGGGCCAGCUCACACCAGGAGUCGGGUGAGUGGAGCUGCGAGUCGGACUCAACGAUCCAACUACAAGCCGAGUUCAGACCGGGACUCAUCACCGUCGACGGUCGCGCCGAUGAUUGGAAGGACAUUGAUGGCUCUGCGUUUUCUCUCCUUCCCGCCCUUGACCCCGAUGAGGAUAAAGAAUACCCAGGUGGAAAAAUGACAGUUAAGACUUUGCAUGAUGGGAGAGAUGUGUUUUUCUUGUUGCAAGUUGAUGGAGCCUAUGCUUACACAAAAGGCACUAAUAAUAAAUGCCCGUCUGUAGCCCUCAUGUUCCAAAUAGGCGAGCUUGCGACCUAUCACAAUAUGGGUGGUUGUCCGGAAGAACCUGAUGCUUGCACAAGAAAAACUUGCAAAGGCCAUGAAGUCGACAUUAUGCACUUCUCAAUUGGAAAUGCUAUACCUGGACGGCUUUAUGGUGGAAACCCGCUAGACAAUAGAGAUGGAAAUGGUGGUGACAGGUUUGGCCAUUUGGUUGAUCUUUAUGCAUGGAAUCCACACUGUAGAUACCUUGAUGGAAUUGCUCCUUUAGGAAAUGAUUCUAGUGCACAAAAUAACUGGAAAGGAGCAUGGUGGCACUCUACCUUUAAAGUUCCGUCAGGUUUUAUAGAGGAAGACAGUCCUUAUGCUUCAGAUGGUGAAAAGGGAACAUAUUCUUUUGAGUUCUCCCGGCCUCUAAGAACUACGGAUCGUAUCCAACAGGAUAUUCAGUUUACAAUCGGCGAAGCAAGCAAGAUGUCCGUCGCAUUCUGGUAUCCAGUCGACAAGACUCCAUGGCACGGUUCAGGUCAUUAUUCUGUAAACUGUGAUUGGAUACCUUUAGAUAUCUCUGCUGGCAGUUCAACCUCGAGCUCAUCAUUAAGCGGCGGCUCAGGAGACAUUGCCAGUGCGUUUUCCCUUUUGUUUUCAGUAGUUGCUAUAUGCCUCUCCGUAUUUGUGGUAUACAGACUUGGUAGACUUAAAAAUAUCCAUUUUACACCAGUGGGAGAUAAUCUGUAGAAUAUUAGUAGUAUAUUGGUGUGAAGAGUGUACUGUUGAGAGUUGUACUGCUUAGUUUUGUACUUCCAUCACUACCACAGCAUUACAUUUUUUUAUUAGAAUUUCAUUGAUAGUUUAAUGCCAA